GCAAACAGUCCACGGAACUGCGGCGGCGGAAGCUCUUCAUCAUGAACAUAAUAGUAAAGGUACCACUGAUGGAGCGCCCACGGACGAGUAUGACCCGUGGGAACCUCCCCAUCCUCCUCCUCACCCCUCAUUAGCUGACUUGACGUGUCCUAUUCAACAUAUGAGGGAGUACAUGCUUCAACUGCAGCGUUUCCUUGCUGACGCCAGAGCUACCAAUAUAAUCUCCCCCGACCGCACUCCCAAGGAAACGCUCGUGAAAUAUUAUGGCAUAUGCGAUCGUUUGUUGGCAGUCCUCCAAAAGGAUAGUGUUCCACUCUUCCUCCGCAUCUUCGAGAAGUACAGGGAGUGCUUUGUUUCUGGUUUUGUCAUCAUUCCACAAACCCUUGACUUAAUUAUUCUAGAGAAUGCCCUGCGUUGUGCUAAUCUUGUUUUGGAGGGGAAGUCACCUAAGCUCUGCGGAGUACGUGCCAACCCCAACUACAUGACCAGCUUUGGGUACUUCCCCCUCCACCAAGCUGCAGAGUCAUUCUCCGUCGAAAUGGUUGAGUUACUGUUCCGGUAUGGUGCAUCGGCCAAUCAGCGCACCUCGGGUAAUAAAAUCAUCGAGGGCCUCCUCCCACUCCAUGUUGCCAUCGAGAACACUUGCCAGCAUAAGUAUCUAGAGGACAACCUAUUAGUUGACGAGAACUACAGGAAGGGGAAUGUUGGGUACAUCUACAAGCUCAUACAUCUGCUUUGCCUGCCUGAGAUGAAGAUCUUCUUGGACACCACUAGAUUGCUUGCAGCUCACACUGAUAAUGUAGUCGAUGAGCUUUUGAAUUACAUCGAGCAUGGGAAGAUUGUCCCUGCAGCUAUUCUUCUCCUUGCAGCUCAAAGGCGAUUCCGCAAGCUCAAUGGUUUUGAUAUGAUCAAGAACCGUAUUGAUGAUUCUAUAUUCUCCCUGAUAAGGGAGGGGUGUGGAUUGCAAAUUGGUAAAAAUACCAAGGAAGCAAAGCAGCGGAAGGAGAAGGAAGUACGUUUCUAUAAUGUGUUGUUCCUUGUUAGGAUAAUUCUGAAAGCUGGUGAAGCUCUUGAUGCAUAUAUUCAAACUCAUUCAGAGGCAUCUCAUCACGAGGUCCAUGGAAAAGUUUCAGCAGUUCUCAAAAGUUAUGACGUUGGUCCUCUCGGAAAAGAUAUUUGCAUUGAAGACCUUCAAUGCUUCCCCUAUGACUGUGGAGGGCCGGACGGGGACACAGAUUUGACCAAGGCAGCCACUGGAUCACCUACUCCGGAAGUCAAGGAGAAAAAUGCUGUGGCAAAGGAACGACGAGUUAACCACCUGUAUGCAAGAGAUCAGUUUUUCCCGGUAUGGAGAUCAGUGCUGACAGCUCGGUUUAUUACGAAGAUCUUUCCGCCCUACACACCGAAGAAAGAGUUGCCGCUGUAUACUAGUGAUGGGGGCUCCGAGAAGUUGAGAGCUGAAAGGCACUCUCAUAUCCUUCUUGGCACGUUGGAGAGGAAUUAUCCGAGAGUGAGAGUAGCAAGUAAACCGACGCCCACAAGUAAGUAUCGGUCCAGAAGGUUGUUUGGCACUGCUGCAUCGACUGUCCUGAAGAUGCUUAAGCACGUAUGAAUACCAGAGCUGGAAGGUGCGCUGAGACGAGCAUCCAUUCUCCUGCAGUUUGUCGAGAUGGUUAUCGAUUUGUGUGAUUUGUCCACCACAGAUGCUGAUCCUUGUCUAUUAACGCUCUCAAUCUCAUUAUCAUUCUAAAACUGUUGUCUAAGUAGUACUUCCUCCGUUCACAGAUAUAAGAUAAUUUAUCUUCUUUUGAAUUGAAGGUAUAUAAAUACUUUGUGUCUUUUGUCACUCAUUUCAGUCCGUAUGUAGUGAAUAUUGCAAUAUUCAAAACAUCUUAUAUUUGUGAACGAAGGGAGUAGUAUAUAACUU